CUCCUAUUACCACAUUUCUGCUUGCAUUCCCGGUUUGAGGUGCUUGGGCAUUGCUGAGUAAACGAAGAUAUGCUGGAGGAGAAAAGGGUUCCAGCGGUCGCGCUUUCCUAAGCAUCUGCAAGUCAGUUGUCGCAGGCAGGGUGAUUCUAUUCACAACUCCGAUUGCUUGGUGCCGCCAUCAAUUUACAAACACGAAGGGCUUGGCUGAGUUGGCUAUUCGACCGGCGACCGGCGGCGACCAUCCAGCUUCUCUCUCUGAUGGGCAACCAGCGACGGCACUUGAAUAAAGAGGAUGGAAUGGCAUUUUUCACAUUUCUUGAUGGGCAAGAAGCAACUCUUAAGUAAAGAGCUGCAGGCUAAACAGUUUUGAAGCUAUGAACAUUAUAUGGCCAAGGCUUCUGGCUCCUACACAACUCAUUCAGCUCAUUAGGAGACAGAAAAACCCAUUGAUAUCUCUCCGAAUCUUCAAUGAAGCAAAAACAAAAUUCCCCGAGUACCAUCACAAUGGUCCUGCCUAUGCCACCAUGAUCAGUAUCCUUGGAAGCUCUGGCCACAUAGCUGAAAUGAAAGAAGUCAUUGGGCUAAUGAAAAAUGACUCCUGUGAGUGCAGAGAUUUGGUCUUUGCAGGUGCGAUCAAGACCUAUGCAAAAGCUGGGUUGUUGGAUGAAGCCAUCUCCCUUUUUAGAAGCCUUCCCCAAUUUAAUUGUGUAAAUUGGACGGUGUCUUUCAAUACCCUUUUGCAGAUAAUGUUGAAAGAAUCUGACUUAGAAACUGCUUGCCAUCUUUUCUUAGAGAAUUCUCAUGGAUGGGAAGUGAAGUCACAGAUCCGUUCCUUGAAUUUACUUAUAGAGGCUCUCUGUCGGAGGAAUCGUUCUGAUCUUGCAUUGCAAGUUUUCCAGGAAAUGAAUGACAUAUGCUGCUAUCCAGAUCGAGAAACUUACCAGAUUCUGAUGAGAGGUUUGUGUGAGGAUGGGAGGCUAAAUGAAGCCAUCCAUUUGUUGUACUCCAUGUUUUGGAGAAUCUCCCAGAAGGGCAGUGGUGAGGAUGUUACAGUUUAUAGAAUCCUGUUAGAUGCUUUAUGUGAUCAUGAACAAGGCCAAGAAGCUAUGAAAAUUCUUGACAAGGUUCUAAGGAAAGGCCUGAAGGCCCGUAAAAGAUGCCGCAUAAAGCUUGAUCUCAACGGGUGCUAUGGUGACUUGGAGAUCCAAGAUGCUAAGGUUUUGAUCCACGAAGCUUUGAUUAAAGGCCUGGUUCCCAACUCUGCUUCUUACAGUGCAAUGGCUGUUGAUCUGUACUCUGAAGGUAAGAUGGCGGAGGCCAAUAAAGUGAUCUCUGAAAUGAAUGAGAAAGGCUUUAGACCGUCGAUUGUGAUUUACAAAGCUAAGCUAGCUGCCCUGUGCAGAGAAGGCAAGGUCGAUGAAGCAAUAGAAGUGAUUGAAAGGAGCAUGGGAGAGAGCAACUGUGUUCCCACGGUUGAGCUAUACAACAUGGUGAUGAAAGGCCUGUGUGAUGAAAGGAAAUCUGGUUUGGCUGUGAAGUACUUGGAGAAGAUGGCCAGGCAAGUAGGCUGCGUUCCUAACAAGGCGACUUACACUAUUCUUGUGAAUGGCCUAUGUCAUGAAGGUAGAUUUGUGGAAGCCAGCCGCAUUCUGGAAGAGAUGUUGGUCAAAUCAUAUUGGCCCAGUCUUGCCACUUAUGACGUGCUUAUUCACGGUCUUUGCAACAUGGGGAGGCCAUACGAAGCGGUUGCAUGGUUGGAAGAGAUGGUUAGCCAGGGUCAGAUGCCGAAAGGGUGUGUCUGGGAUUCAUUGGUGACUUCCAUUUGUUCCGGUGGCGUUGUUAGUGACUUCUUCUCUGCCAUGCUUGAGCAACUAAGGGGACCUUGAGGGUUGCUCUGGAGCAGUCGUGCUCAUUUUUGUUUUUUCUUCUUGUGAAAUGGAACAUGCUCACAUAAUCAUACAAUAUAUGAGAAGAGGGAAUAGACAUGCCCUGUUUUCACCUUCUUUCAGAUUUAGUGAGUUUCUUUUCUUUCUUUCUUUUUUUUUUUUUUUUGGUUCUUUCUUAACGUUUUGGAUAUAUACUGGGUAAAUUUGUGGAACGAGUAAUAAUAGCUCAUAAAUUACUUGCAUUAGGUAAGCAUAUAGAGUCUAUGUGUGGGUUGGCCGUCACACAAGGUUUUGCAACUAACCCUUGAGAGGGAUGUCUUGUGAAUAGUUGUCUAAGCCAACUUAAGAUAAAAGAGUAGAAUGUUCAGUCUUCAUCUUGUCUUGAGAGGGAUGUCUUGUGAAUAGUGUUGUAGAGCCUUGAUCUUUGUAUUGCAUGUUCAGUCUUCAUCUUGUGUUGUAUCUUCUUAUUAUUAGAUUGUUUCCUAAUGGGCAAGUAGCCGUGGUUCCUUGAUUGUAGCCUGCCAUUCCUAUAUCUAUGAUAAGAUUGUUUCCUGUACUUGGCCGUGCUAGGCACAACCAAGUACCCAUGGCCCAGCGUGGCCCGCAUCUGCAGCCUAGGCUUCAAGUGCAAUGAGAUGUCCCUUAAAAAAUGCUGUAUCAGAUUGGUAAACAGAAUUCACAAAUUAACUAAUUGAAUCAUAUGAAAACU